AUGUCUGUAGAAAUUGAUGGAAAUCCAUCUUUUGACGAUAAAUCAGCAAAGAAUAAAAAAUUAAAAAAGCGGAAAAGAAAAGAUGAAGAGAAAAAUUCAGAGUCUGAUGCUGCCACGUCAACAAUUGAGCGUUUAAAGAAGUCAGCUAGUCUUUCCCAAGCAGCUCAACAGGAAAUCAAAAAAAAGAGUGGGAAUGAACCGGAAACAGAUGUAGAAAUGCAAGAUGUGGAACAGAAUAUGCCGUUACAUGACCUAACACCAAUUCCUCAACCUGAUAUUGAUGAACAUCUAGAAGAAAAGUCUUUUUCUACUCCCUCUGUUGUUUCCUCUCUUCCAAAGUGGCUAUCGCAGCCUAUUUUGGUGGAUCCUACUACUACUAUCGAAGUUGCAUCCCUAAACAUCGAUAGUAAGCUCGUGGAAAAACUGAAUAAUCAAAACAUUACCCGCGGGUUUGCGGUGCAAUCAUCGGCUCUUCCAUUGUUAUUAAAUGAAGGAAGAGACGGGCCCAACUAUACUUAUGGAGGUGAUCUUUGUGUCAGUGCUGCUACGGGUAGUGGUAAGACCCUUGCAUACGUUCUUCCUAUCGUUCAGUGUCUAAGCAGGCGUAUUGUUCCUCGUGUACGAUGUGUUGUUAUUGUCCCCACUCGUGAGUUAACCAUUCAGGUUACUCGUACGUUUGAAACUAUCGGUUCCUGUAUGGGGCUUGGAGUUUGUGGAUGGACCGGACAAAAGAACUUGCAGCAAGAACAAUAUCAAAUGCUUGGGGGUUUAGAUGGAAGUGGAAGCACAGUGGAUAUUUUAGUGACAACUCCAGGGCGUUUGGUUGAUCACAUACAAAACGACAAUACCUUCACUUUACAGCACCUACGUUAUCUAGUUAUCGAUGAAGCGGAUCGACUUUUAGACCAGAGUUUUCAAAGUUGGGCUGAUGUUGUUAUGACAGAAAUCGAUCACCCAAAGUGUCUGCAGAUGAUGGAUAACGAGACUUCAAGUCAAAAACAAAAUGUAGCCCCAUACUUCCUCUCAUCAUUACCUACCGCUUUACCUCAUCAUUUGGAUUCCCCUUUACAAAAGCUUGUUUUUUCUGCAACCAUGACUCGUGAUCCAUCUAAGGUUGCAACUCUUCGUCUGCGAGACCCCCGCUUGCUACUUGUGCAAAGCGAAGGUGUAGAUAUCGAUGAUGGAGAAGAGAUUGAAGGAGACGCAAUUAUUUUUUCUGUUCCUCCUACCUUGAAAGAAUAUCGUGUUUCGGUCAGUGCGGAGAAGCCUAUUCUUUUGCAUCAACUUAUCCAUUCAAACAAUCUCAACAAUGUUCUUUGCUUUGUUAAAUCGAAUGAAGGUGCUGCUCGUUUGCACCGCUUGCUUGAGAUUAUUAAUGGUAUUGAAGGAAAAAACUACCCAUGUGGUCUGGUUUCGGGUAAUCUUUCUCGUGAUGAACGGAAAAAGAUGCUUAAUGGGUUUGCCUCAGGUGAAUUAAAACUUUUGGUAUGUUCAGACUUGAUGGCUCGUGGUAUAGAUGUUGCCAAUAUAGAGCAUGUAAUUAACUACGAUCCUCCGUCGAGUCUUCGUCGGUAUGUCCAUAGAAUUGGUCGUACUGCUCGUGCUGGAAGAAACGGCUAUGCUUGGACACUUGUGCAAGACCACGAAGGUCAUCACUUUUCGAAGCUAGUCAAGCAUUUAGGAAGAACACUUCCUCUUCAACGCCUCAGUUUGCAUCUGAAAGAUUUGCCUGAGGAGAAUGUCGAAUUGUAUGACAAUGCUCUGAAUACGCUUCGCACAGAGGUAUACGAGUCACGGAAAAGCUCAAAGUAA